AUAUUGAAUACCCCCCCUCCUCCUCCAGGUAUCAUGGAUAUGGGAGCCGAUGGAGGGAGAGAAAAGGGAGAACAUAGCUGUCUACCACCCCAUCUAUGGGAAAUCUUUCCCAGCCUCUCCAUUCAGCGACCGUGUGGAGUUCUUGCCCGGGCCUCUGGAAAGCCCCUCCAUCAAAGUCAACCAGCUCAAGAUGGCUGACGCUGGCCGCUACACCUGCGAGUUCGCUACCUACCCCAGCGGCAAUGAGCAAGGCACCACCACCCUGAUCAUGCUGUCCAAGCCUAAGAACUCAGCGUCCCCGGUGACGGUGCAAGCCGGUACUAAACCGGUGGUGGUGGCCCAGUGCGCCGCGGUGGACGGUAAGCCAGCGGCGGACAUCUCGUGGCAGACAGCGGUGCCUGGUAACCACAGCAUCACGUCCAAGGAGGCGGCCGACGGCACGGUGACCGUGAGGAGCGAGUUCCGGAUGGUUCCCACCGCCGCCGACCACGGCAAGGAGCUCACCUGCGUGGUGACGCAGCGCACGCAGGACGUGCCGCAGAGCUUCCCCAUGAAGCUGUCUGUGGAGUACCCUCCCACUGCAUCCAUCCAGGGCUAUGAUGAGAACUGGUACAGAGGCCGCAGUGAAGCCACCCUCGUCUGUGAGACAAACUCCAACCCUCCGGCCUCUGUCACCUGGACAUCCCUGUCCGGGCCCAUGCCCGACACGGUGCGGAUCGAAGGGAACCGGUUAAUUGUGCGGACGGUGGAUGAGACAGUCAACACCACCUUUGUUUGCGAGGUGAAGAACCGGUUGGGCGUGGGCAAACACCAGUUAACCACUAUUGUCAUUGACCAAGAGAGGCAGAUAUCCGAGACGCCGACUGGCAUGAUCAUCGGUGUUGUCAUCGGUGUGUUGAUCAUCUUGCUCAUAGCUGGUGCCGUCUUUCUGUUCCUCCGCAAGCGAAGGAUGGAUGGAGAGAACGGAGAGGGUCCCCCAAAGCACAAGCCCCCUCCCCCAGCAAACAAGAAGCAUGAAAGUUCAGCUAAGAUGCUAGACAAACCAGCAGAGCCUCCUGUUGAGACUGAGCCCCUCAGUCAGACCUAUUAUGAGACCAGCGUGGAGCCUGUCACUGACCUAGACGUGUGCGAUGACGACGUUCCUCCUACUGGUGCCUCCAAUGGUGGCACCCCCUCUGCCCUGGAGGACACACUGCAGUACAAUGAUGAGGCCAACGAGUCGGCAAAUGAUUACCUACCUCCCUACUCCUCUAUGGCCCCACCCCCUGAUAAUGUUCUCCAGGACGGGGGGGAGAUGACCCCUGACCCACCCUCCACCACCGUCUCACGUGGCGAGAGCUUCAUGUCAGCUGCCAUGUACGUGUAGUGAGGGAGGGGCGGAGUCUGCCUGACUGGCAGCCUAUCAGACCGCUCCUCUUCAGCUGGCUAGGCCUUCUAGGGAGUGGAGUGACAACACAAAUCCUCACCAGCCUCUCUGUGGUCCACACACCCUCACAGACAGCCUAGCACACUCUUCUCACUUUCAUUUAACACUUUUUCUCCAUUUCUGGCUCCACUGUCAUUUCCUUAGGUACAUAUUGAGCAGAUGAUUUUCAUGUUGUGAUGUUGAACUGUCAUGAAACUUCUUUGAAAUGUAACAAAAUAUCCUGCUCUUGUUUUUUUGGCCUUCUUGCAGAUGCCAGUCAGAGCUAAACAGGAGUAGAAGACUAAGUAGCUAACUAGUUUGUUCUGGCACUGAAACAUCCCAACGUUAAAUGAUUUAGGAGUCAUUCUGAUUCAUUUUUUAAGUUCUAAGUCGAAAGAGUUGGUGAGGCUGUGUGUCAGGGUAACAAAAUGUGAUGUACCGGUUUACAGCAAAGCACAUGCAAGCAGACAGCUCCUUGCUUUAGGAAUUAUGGCACCAACACAUUUGUCAAAUACAUGUCAAAGUAUAUGGAAAGUAUGUAUUUUCAGUGUGUCAAAAUACCCAGCUGACAUUGGAAUCUACUGCCAAUACAACCAUUUUAUGAACUCUAUCAUUGAAAUGGUAAUACACACCAAUGUGGCUAAAUAUAUGGCACACUAAAAAUAUGUAUUUGUUUCAUAUUUUGUAUUUUAAUCCUAUUUUUAAGUGUUUUCUGUACUGUUAUGAACAACAAACUGUGGUUAGAUGUCAGUUCUGAAUAACAACUUAUAUCCUGUCUUUUCAAUAGAUGUCAAACAUUGCCAAAUAAUCAACAGACACUGUAAAAAUCCUGAUGAUUCAUAUAUUGUUGGUGGAAUAAGAUGUGCACAUAAAAAAAAGCGAUGUUGUGUUUUCAGUGCCUCUGUGUAGGGCUGUUCGUUUCAAUGUGGGAUCAAUUAAAACGUAAAACGUAUUUUAUAUUUUAACUGCGGGUUUAUCGAGGUUGUUGCAAUGCUAGUGUUUUUGGAUCACUAUUGGCAACGGUGUGUGGAUUUUCUUGCUUAAAAACUCUGCAUGGCAUGCUUAGUGGGGUGUGUUAACACUUGUCAGGUCACUUUCCCAGCAUAGUUAUUAUUGAACUCUCCAGUUUUUUUUAUCUGAGUUUUAAAUGUAUGUCCCGAUAUGUUCAUUGAUUGUAUAAACACAAUAGUGUAACAAUAGCAGACCUAGUAAAGAUGAGGUGAUGGUCUUGACAUAGAGAGCAGGAGAGAAAAGGGAGAGGUGGAGGCAAUUCAAGUUAUGCAAAUGCAGAAGAGGAGUUGUGGGUUUGCCAAACGACCAACAUGGUUGAGCUUUGAGGAUGGUAUGCUGGCAGACCUAUAGGGGCAGGGUGCUAGGGGUCACAUCAUGCAGCUGGUUGACUUUUGACAGAUAGAGAGCACCAAACAAGCACGCACACUUAGAUACAGCACCAUAUGUACUGUAUGUAAAUAGAACAACAGGAUAGCUAGAUGAAUAGAUAAAUUAAUAGAUAAAUAUCUGCAGUUGCUUGGCUAGAGACCUGCUCUCCCACUGGUGUUUCUUCAAAGGGAACUUCUGCAUGCUGCAUGGAAUUCUGGGUAGGUCCACUUCCUCUUUCCUGUGCUAAAAGUGCCAUGGCAACGAGAUGUGACUUUGAGGCUUGCAACAAGUUAUGCAGCAUAGACAAUCAGUAUAUAUUAUUAACUAUGGCUGUUCAUUGAGCUGGAAAGGGACAUUGAGUUAUUAAUUGUGAAUGUAUGUUUUUUAUUUUAACUUUGUUAUCAUUUGAUUUCAUCUUCAAACUGCUUUCAAAAAGUUUUUGUUCCGGUAGUUUAAUUUAAGGUAAUGUAUUUUCAUAUGGUUUGUUGCUUCUUUCUCUAUUACUCUUUGGUGUGCUGCCAAAACCAUAAAAAUAUCUUAAUAUAUUCCAUGAGAUUAAGACAAUCAUAAAGAUUAAUUAAGCACCAGUCAACUAUUUACAAAUACCUGAGGUAGGCUACGCUUGAUUAAGAUCAUACAACUCAACAAACUCAAAAGUACAGUCCCAAAGGUGCUAAGGGUAGAUCAAAUCAGAAACAUCCCAAACACAGUGCUUACAAGUGUUUGAUAUGUGUAUCUGACCAGGUAGAGCAGUUUCAGACUCCAGGCGGGUUACGUUCACGCUCCCUCCAAGAGUUGGUGUUGGAUUUUUAUCCAACCCCUCCUUUCUCUCUCCUCCUUCCAAAUGCCCAAAAUACAAACCGUAGAGCUUGUGGGCGAUAAAAUGCCUGUCAGGAUCCGGCCUUCACCUUCCCUCCCUUCGUUGCUGCUCCUGCUCUUUGCUUCUCUCCCUCUGUCAUCUCACUUCUUCUGUGCUUUUUUUAAUCACAGAGCCAGACGUGCCUUCAUUGUUUUUGUUUUUUUAGCUUGUUCAUUUUCACAUUUUGUUUAUGCCAGAGUAAAGGUGGAUGGGGGGGAAAAAACAAGAACAAAAAAACGGUUUGCCACCACUGAUGAUGUAUGUUAAUGCUUAAAACACUGGAAACAUGGAAAUUCCUUUUUCUUUUUUUAACAGAUCUUUCAUUUGAAUGCUUUUUUGGGAAACUCACUUUAAAGAUCAUUGUCUUGUCCAAUAAAAUGUCAACCAAAGACC